ACUCCGGCGGCCCCAGCGCCAUCUACGUGCUCCUCCCGACGUUUUUUCGCGCUGCUCCGCGGAUCUGCGGAAAGGACGACAGCUCGCCCGCCCACGGGUGCCCGCCUGCUUUGCCUGUCGCCGUGCGUUUUUUGGCGACCGAUCCCUCGACGGCGAGAGUCCGACGUCGCGUCGAGACGACGCCCGGCCCGAACCUCGACCCGUGGACGAUCCGGACGGGCCCGGGCCGCGCGGACGAAGAGCGCCGGGGCACCUGAUGAGAGCGCCGCAGCACGCACCGAACGCCGCCGCCGCCGCCUUGGUCGCCGUCGCCCCGUUCGAUCCCGCCGCUCCAUCGCCCUGCCGGCGGCGCGCUGGCCGCCCCUGCCUCCCGUACGGCUCCCUAAGCCUCGGCGUCGUCCCCCUCCUCGUCCGAUCGGAGACGUAACUUCGUUUCGGUCAACUACAGCCAGCGCCGGCGAGGAAACAGACUCCGAUUGCACACUGGUGCGGUCGACCGACUUGAUGUGCGGUGCGCGAGUGCUGGCUCUGUAGCGACCCUCUCGAUCUCUGUCUUUUUUAUUUAUUUUCAUUUGUAGCCGGGCCCGUGUGUUGGUGCUACGCCGAUGGCCCGUCAGUUCCACCGGUGCGGAGGGCGCCUGCCCGAAGGAGGCUUUCGGAUGACCUACGAAGACGCUGAGGAUUCAGCCGGCCGGCAUUUGGACGUGGAGCUUCGGAGCGACCACCGGAGCAGAGUGCCUCCGCCACCGGCUCGCGUGAGCCGCUGAAGGCGCUAACCCUCGUCCGACGGUCCGCCCGUUUCCCGAGCCGGCGGCCGCUCGAGUCGAUCGUCACCCCAGCCCCCCGGGAUUACGCACGACAGCUUCCCCAAACUCGGACCGUAGUGCGACCGGGCGUCGUGGUUCUGCAGCGCGGCCCAACUCUCGGGAGGACCUCCCGGCGGGGCGCGAGCUUUAGGCCUGACUGACGGAGUGACUUUUCGCCCCCGCUGUUGUUGCCGUCGUCGCCGGUGUUGUGACCCGGGGCCGUGCUCGGCAGGACGCAGAGUGCGCCCGGCCUAGUCUCAGCACGCGUUCAGCCCGGAGGUCGACCGUGUCCGGCGCAGCGGCGGCGAGACUGAGGCGGCGGGGCGCAUCGCCAUGCGGGAGUCGUCCCGGCCCUGAGACGGCGACGGCGGGGGCGUCGUCGGAGUCUGUGCCGCGGGGUCGGCCUUCGGACGCGAGUGCAACGUCUUCCGCCCUCCGGUUGGCCCCAAGACGCCGCUUGGAAGCGGCCGCGCUUUCGCCACCGACUCGCUGAGGGCAAGCGGUGGCGGGCUUCAUUCGGUGGUGCAGAAGAAACAUGGCUUCGUCGGCAGCCAAGCCUAACAUGGGCGUCGGGCCCAGCAGCGAGCAUCAGCAGCAACACUCGGAGCCGGAAGACGAAGGCGCCGGGAGCCCCACGUCCGUCAAGGGCGAGCUCGGCUCACAGCAGCAGCAGCAGCAGCAGCAACCGGAGUACGAGAUAGGCCACGGCCACUACUUCACCAAGAGGACUUUCCACAAGCCCACCUACUGCCAUCACUGCACCGACAUGCUCUGGGGUCUCAUAGGUCAAGGGUACAUUUGCGAAGUUUGUAAUUUUGUAGUUCACGACAGAUGCCUCAAGACAGUGGUUUCCCCUUGUUCAACUAUUGCAAUUAAUGUGAUCAAAAACCCAGUCCCCCACUGUUGGACCGAGGCAGGUCACCUAAAAAGAAAGUUUUGCAAUGUCUGCCGAAAACGAAUCGAAGACAACUGUGCAGUUAGGUGUGAAGUUUGUGAAUACUGUGUACAUUUGGAGUGCCAAGACUUCAGCGUUGCAGAUUGCAAGCAGUGUGCGACCUAUGCUCCAAGUAGAAAUAAACCGUCAGUCAUGCAGUUCCACCACUGGCGGGAAGGCAACUUACCCGCCAAUUCCAAGUGCCAGCAGUGCAAGAAGACCUGCUGGUCAGCAGAGUGCCUGGCUGGCAUGCGGUGCGAGUGGUGCGGCAUCACGGCCCACGCCACCUGCUACCGAAGCCUGAUCCAAGAGUGCAACUUCGGCUGCCUGGAGAGCAUCAUGCUUCCUCCGGCGGCCGUGAGCAUUCCUCGCACGGACGUUCCUUUGGAGACCAUCAUCGGAGUGGAGAUGCGGAGGAGAGAGACGCUAGCCCGGGCCACUUACCCCAGCAUAGCAAGAAGCAUAUCGGAAGAAUUUUCAUCGACGGGGGACCUCAAAAGCAAAGAAUUUGACGAUUACCCAUCACCAAAAGAGAAGGAUAAAGAUGAAGAAAUAAUCAAAGUAUACGACGGCAACGCCUCUAUGAAGAGAAGGAUGUUCAGGACAAUCACCGUAUCACGUAAUGCAAUUAGGGAGCAAAUCAUCGGCGCCGCACUGCGAGCAUUCCAUAUAUCUGGUGACCCGAAGCAUUACUACAUCACCGAUGUCUACGAUCCCAACGAGAAGGAACUGGGGGACUUUAUGCCAGUGCAAAGCCUGACGCGGAGAGAAGGCAAGAGGCCAGCCAUUUUCCUCAGGUACCGGCCUCCCAAUCCAGACCAGGGCUACGUCAAGGUAUUCCCUGGAAAGCUCAGAUCCGCGGAUAUCUACCGCGUGAUUUCCGUGACGAGCGACACCAGUGUAGAGGAAAUCAUGAUACAGGCUCUGGAAAAGUUUGGCUUGGACUCCUCCGACAUCAACAAGUUCAGGCUCUCUGAAGUCACGCUGGACAAGGGCUCUGUUCACGAAAGAGUGAUGGACAAUCAAGAGAGUCCCUGGGAGUUGCUCAGGAACAUUGCGAGAGAGUCCAUAAGACAAAAGGACUUGACUAGGUUUUAUCUUCAGCAAAAGGAAGACUGUUAUAGUUCCAGUGUUGCGCUUUUCGUUGGAAACCUUCCACCGAAUUUAUCGCAGAGGCAGUACGAAAAAAUUUUGGUAGACCUCUUAGGAAAACCUUACAAAUUCAAGCAAAUAGGUCCCAUCUACUACGAGUACGGUUCCCUGAUCAUCACCUACGACAAUGCAGACAUAGCUGUGAAAGCUUUUUACAUGCUGAGGGAGUCAAGCUUCGAGGACAAGACCCUUUUAGUUCUCCUCCUACCCAACAACAUUCCGGAGAUGAUUCCAGAGGGAGUCAGGCCGUUGCUUGUAUUUGUCAACGUUAAGAGCGGAGGUUGCCAAGGUCUAGAGCUCAUCACCUCUUUCCGAAAAAUGCUGAACCCUUACCAAGUUUACGACCUUGAAAACAGUGGACCCUUACCCGGGUUGUAUGUGUUCCGCCACGUGCGGGACUACAAGAUCCUGGUGUGCGGCGGUGACGGCACGGUCGGCUGGGUGUUGCAGUGCCUGGACAACGUAGGCCAGGACUCCGAGUGCCAGUCCCCGCCGUGCGCAAUCGUGCCCCUGGGCACGGGCAACGACCUUGCCCGUGUGCUGCGAUGGGGACCCGGCUACACUGGUGGCGAGGACCCCCUCACUUUGCUCAGGGACGUCAUCGAUGCCGAGGAGAUUCGCCUGGACAGGUGGACGGUGGUCUUCCACUCGGAUGAGAAGCCGGAGGAGAAGCCAGGAUCGUUGACCAACAGCUCGGGAUCAACGUCCGAGGACAACACGGCCAUCUUCGUCAUGAACAAUUACUUUGGCAUUGGCAUUGAUGCAGACCUCUGCCUCGACUUCCACAACGCACGCGAAGAGAACCCAAACAAAUUCAACAGCAGACUGCACAACAAGGGUGUGUACGUGAAAAUGGGGCUUCGCAAAAUGGUGAGCAGGAAGACCUGGAAGGAUCUGCACAAAGAGGUUCGCCUGGAAGUGGACGGGAAAGUGAUCGAUCUGCCUCCGGUGGAGGGGAUCAUCAUUCUCAAUAUUCUCAGUUGGGGUUCCGGUGCUAAUCCAUGGGGCCCCGAGAAAGAGGACAUGUUCUCAAAGCCGACCCACUACGACGGCAUGCUCGAAAUCGUCGGCGUCACGGGCGUCGUGCACAUGGGUCAGAUCCAGAGCGGGCUGCGCAGCGCCAUCCGCAUCGCACAGGGUGGUCAUUUGCGGAUCAGACUAAACACUGAGAUGCCCGUUCAAGUGGACGGGGAGCCUUGGAUUCAAGGUCCCGGCGAAGUUGUUGUGCUCAGGUCAGCCCUCAAAGCAACUAUGCUCAGAAAAAGUAAAAUGAAGCGUCGCAACACGGAGCCCAUGCUGGCGUCGUCGAGCGGCGAGAAGUCGUCCGAAGACUGACGGGGGCGGCCUCAGCCGAAGACCAGAGCAACGGCGUCAGUAGCGACGUCCACGGCGACCCGGAGAAGACAUUCCGUUGUCGAGGCAAGCGCCGAAGUCGGCAGCGCAUCGUCGUCGGCGACCAUCGACGGCGGAAGCAACCGCGGAUCGCAACGGCGACGCUGGGAGAGACUUGUGACCUAUAACUUUCUCCUGGCAUUCCUCCGUGCUUGCUGCUGCGGUGCUGUCCACUCUCUGGGUACCCGGGACGCCAGAUGAACGUUGCUGAUUUCUUUUUUCUCUUUUUUUUUGUACCGAAACGAAGAGUGGUUGUGAGGUUUGGAAAGAUCAGGGCACCAGCAGCGUGAGGAAGAAACCGGGGUGCUCCAUGCUUGUUUCUGUUUCCCUUCCGAAGAAGAAAUGGUCUACGCUGAGUUCACCGAGUCUCCUGGAAGCUUCGCUUGUGCGGGACACUUCUUCACCUUCUUCGUAAUGUAUAGGCUUCUACUACUACUACUAUUACUACUACUACUAUUACUACUACUACUACUACCACUCCGCUGUACCGCGGUAGUGGGUGCUCGCGCAUGGUUGGAAACGGAGCGCGAUUUGUGACGGGCGGCUGGUUGUGGGGCGUGGUCUUUUCAAAGCGGCGGGGAAAAAGCAAAGCUAUUGUAUUUGCUCGAGCGUAGCCGGAAUGAGUCUCGCUUUUUUGUCGCGUGUCACGGAGGGCGAAGACGAGUUAGAUUUAGUCGAGACGGUCAACGAGUCGCUCGCUCGCGCCUUUUCCCUGUCCUUUCCCCAGCCUCGCUGCUUCUGUAAGGGACUAAGUUUCAAGACGAUUGCUGUGGACUUCCACUCUUUUACGUUUCUUGUUUGAAAACAAAGUCUCCACAGCUACGGUUCCCGACCAGGGAUUUCGACCCAAUUUCUUUUGAGUUAGGAAGGCUGCAAUUUGCCUGCUUUAUUGCGAGGAUGUUGAAUAAUGUAAGCAAGAAAGAGAGAGAGAGACUGAGAAAUGGGAGAAAUAUUUGCCUUGCCACUAAGUUGGCUGCUUGCAGGGGUUUCAGCUGAAGGAUCAUAUAACUGAGUCCUACAUUCCUGCCUGCUCGUGUCUAUUACUCUACUUAACACUGGUAGGCUAGUACUAGACUUAUACCUAGUACAGCGGUAGAUUAGUGGUUAGUUGCGGAGGUGCUCGCAGAUGACAGGUAACGAGGAAGCAAAAAAUUGCAAUAUAGCCGCAAAAGGCAAUGUAUGAGGAAACAAAAUAUGAUUUUGCUCCUUUUGUUUCGAUUGUGUAAAUUUGUACCGCUCCUCCCACGCCUGCAGGAAUGCUUAGAAAGGAACGACAGUCUUUCUCUUCACGUGAUGGCAGAACACAGUUUUUGAGGAGUAAAUCAAGCAAACCCUUGCAGCGGAACCCCUUGCCUCGUCCUUCGGGAGUCUUUUCCACCGCGGUGCAUUGGUAAUUGCUGGCUGUUGUGUAGAAAGCAGCAUUCGCAUGCUUAUAUGUACGAGUGGUAUGCGUAAAUUAAUAUAGAAUUGAUCUGGUGCUUUCAAGCGUAAAAUUUUGAAUUGCGUUACACCGACUGGUUGUGUUAAAUUAUAUUAUCAAGUACACUUUCAAGAGGCUAAUAAUUUAAUGCAAUUACGUGUAUGCGAGUUGGCUCUACAUCACGUCGUCCAGUCCUAAAUGAGAUUUGUUUUCUCUUUUCCUUGACAACAAAUCAAUUCCCGAGCAUUAUAUCAUAUAUAUAGAUAGAGAGUUUUUUUUUUUUAAUUAUCAGUUACACGUUUCUUCAGCAUUGCGUUACAUCAACAUGCAGACCGCACGCAGAAGAAAAAGGGCUUAGUAAACGUGCUUUGAUUCGCUAGAUAUUAUGUUUGAAAAGUGACGGGUGCUAGUGCUGUUUAAACACUUAAUGAGAUUACGGCGUUGAAAAUGUUUAGC